AUGAGCACUUCACAGACACUCUCCGCCAUCUCAGCAGGUGUUCGGCGAAAUACUACUUCGUGGUUGGCCGUUGUUUAUGAUGUGAUGUUGUGUGCGUUGCAUGGGAAUUGGCUCUCCAUAGCUGGUGUAGGCCAAAGGAGUAAGUAUAUCGUAAAACCAAACAAAAAAAAAAUAAAGAAAAUGGAUGCUCAAGUUGAAUUGUUGCGUCAGUUCGUGAACAUUUGUAAAAGCAAUCCAGCGAUUUUGCAUGAGCCAAGAUUCAAAUUCUACAGGGAUUAUCUUGAAAGUCUUGGUGCAAAGCUCCCACCCUCACCAAGUGAAACGAAAUCAUCCGAACCAACCGGUCAUAAUGAGGAAACACAAAUAAAUGAGCAACAAGUGGAAUCAGAAGAUGAGCUGGAACUGGACAUGUCAGGAGUAAUAAAGGGCGAAGAAGAUGAACUGCUUCCAAUGGGUGAUGAUAAUAAAGAGAUAACUGAGGAAGAUAUGGAAAAAGCAACUGAUCAACGAGUGCUUGCUGUAAAGGCAUUUAAUGAAGGAAACUAUGAGAAAGCUGUGCUGCAUUUUACUAGUGCCAUCGAACUAAACCCAGGAUUGGCAGUUUUGCACGCAAAGAGGGCGAAUGCGCUCCUGAAGUUGAACAAACCAAAUGGUGCAAUUCGCGAUUGUGAUAAAGCAAUUUCAUUAAAUGCAGACUCAGCACAAGGCUAUAAGUUUCGUGGACGAGCUCACAGGUUACUUGGCAAUUUUGUGGAAGCUCAUCAUGAUUUAGCCAUGGCAUGUAAAUUGGAUUAUGAUGAUGAGGCGAAUGUAUGGCUUAAAGAAGUCGAAUCAAACGUAAAUUCUUCAAAACUUUUACACAAUAAAUAUUUUAGCUUCAAAUUUCAUACUACAAGAGUAGAUUUGAGUACUUCCAUGUACGAUUGGUCUGUGAUAUGA